UCUGACCUAGUCUCUCCCAUUAAACAUGGAUAAAUCCGAGAAAACUGAUAGGGAACAAAUAGAAUCCACAUUUGUCAUAGUGGGAGGUGGUAUCGCUGGAGUAUCGUGCGCCGAAGGAUUGAGCUUUCUCGCUCCGAAAGAAAGCAUAAUUUUAAUUACCGCCAGUCCUCUGAUAAAAGCUGUGACAAAUGUGAUUCCACUAGGUAAAACAUUGAUGCAUUUCGACGUGGAAGAGAAAAGCGCGGCUGACUUCAGCGAGAAAUAUAAAAUGAUGCGAGUUGUUCAAGAUACCGUAAUUAAAAUUGACACAUCCAGUAAGCUGAUAGAAACCGCCGGUGGAAAGCUCGUGCGUUUUAAACUGUUGUGCCUUUGCACCGGCGCGAAACCUAAACUGAUCUCGGAAACGAAUAACUUCGUCAUAGGUAUUCGCGACACAGAGUCCGUAAUACAUUUUGCCGAAAAACUCAAUAACGCUAAGAGAGUCGUGGUAGUCGGUAAUGGAGGAAUCGCCACCGAAAUUGUUCACGAGGUCAAAGGCGUUGAAAUGAUUUGGGUGAUCAAGGACAAACAUAUUUCCGCGACUUUUGUCGAUCCCGGAGCCGCGGAAUUCUUUUUGAGCAAGAUUUCUUCUAAAUCCGACGCGUCAGAGGAUCUUGGCAAAAAGCCGACCAAGAGAAUGAGAUACGUGGUAUCAGAUAGCACAUCGGUUAAAAGUGGGGCCGCUCUUGGUCCAGAUUGGCACAACAACUUCGAUAUCAGUGGUACGGGACACACAUUUACAAAUGUAAAAGUCGAAUACGAGUGCGAAGUAUCGAAGUUGUUGACUUUCGACGAACUAAAACAGUCUAAUCCUACGGAAGAAUGGCCAGUUUAUGCGGAGCUGACGAAUGGCAAGAUUGUCGGAUGUGAUCUCAUCAUCUCGGCAACGGGCGUUAUUCCGAACAGCGAUAUAUGCGGUUUGGAAACCUUGAAGAGAGGAGAAGACGCCGGUUUGCUGGUGGAUUGGAAACUGGAGACCUCGGAAAAGGACGUUUAUGCCGCCGGAGACGUCUGUACCGCGAACUGGCCGAAAGCGAAGCAUUGGUUUCAAAUGAGACUCUGGACGCAGGCUCAUCAGAUGGGUCGUUACGCCGCGAAGUCGAUGGUGUCGAACUUAAGACGCGAAGAGUUUUUGCAGGACUUCUGCUUCGAACUCUUCACUCACGUGACCAAGUUCUUCAACUACAAGGUCGUGUUACUCGGUCUGUACAACGGUCAGACUUUGGGGAGGAAUUACGAGAUACUUUUGCGAGUCACGAAGGACCACGAGUACGUGAAAAUUAUUCUGCAAGACGGCAGAAUGCAAGGCGCGGUGCUCAUCGGAGAAACGGACUUGGAGGAAAUGUGCGAGAACUUAAUACUUAAUCAGUUGGACCUGAGUAUCUAUGGCGAAGAUUUGCUUAAUCCCGAUAUUGACAUUGAAGAUUAUUUCGAUUGAUGUGUCAUAAAUUUUUCACAUAAAACAUAUGCGUGUACAUAUUUGUUUGUUGAUUCUCUUUCACCGAUUUAACCGAGUGUGCAAUUAAACAGUCUAAUGCCAUAUCCUACUUAGGUUUAUAAAAAUUUAUUGCCUCGUAUGUACAGCAGAUAUCUUUACACAAUCUUUGCAGUCCUUUUUACAUUUGCGCAGUCUUACGAGCAUUAAAAAAUUUUAAUAUAUUAUGCAAAACAAACUAAAUUUCAAACUAAAACAGAUCAAGUUUGUACUUCAAGUUAAAAUAUAAAUAUGAAAAACUUAUCUUAACCAUAUUCAGCAUACAUAUUAAUGUGUUCGUUACUUACAUUUACAUAGGUACAUAAUAUACAAUACGAGUAAGUCUUUGACAGUUGUACAUCAAUCUUGUCUGAAAUACUUUUUAAAAUAUAUUUUUGCGUUUCUCUUUGUCAUGUAAUACCUCAUAUUUCGUUUAUUGAAUAUCUUUUAGAUCACAUGAGAAGAAGAGGUGGUCUUUCUUGUGUACACCGCGCCAAGGGGAUUCGCGUGUUCUAACAGCUGAUAUCACGUUGUAGCACGUUUGCAUCGUACGACAAAGAUUUCCGAGCGUGUCAACUUUCUCGAUAGAAAACUCCAUCGGGAACAGUCGAUAAAAUUUUUGUCGUACGAGAAAAAAAACCGUAGCGAUAUUAGCCGUUUGCAAAUCAGUUUGUCGUAGUGUACCAGUAGAAUACAUAAAACAAACAAACAAAAAAAAAAAAAAAUUAAAACUGAAACAAGCAACUUAUAAAGUUAAAACACUCAAAUGCGAACGGUUGUCAGUUUUUUUUUGUAUGUAAAUAUGUUAUUAUCGUAUUGUACUUUCUCUUGUUUAAAACAUAUAUUUAAAACGUAUUUAAAACGAUGCGAAAGAUGCAAAAAUUUGCACGACCGAUUUUAGUUAUUUCCGAUUAACUUAAUCGGUCGAUCGAGAACUAAUUUGGUGCUUGGUCAAUUCUGCUAAAAAAAAAAAA